AUGCUGAUGAUGAUGAAGAACGGCGGCAUGGAUGCGCAUCAGGUUGAUAUCGAUUCGGAAUUCGAGCCUCACAGUCGGUCGCGGUCGUGCACCUGGCCGCUGCCGUGUCCGGAGGAUUUCCCCGGGGGAGAAGAGGCGAGCCGAGGUCUGGCCCUGGCGUCGGUCAAAGUGGAGCAGUACAACGUGCCCGCGUGCCUGGCUGAGAGAAAAGGCGGCGCGCCGGCGGAGAUCAAGCACCCAGCCGGCGCCCCGGCCCCGGUGGUGGCCGCUCCUGCCUGCAUGUCCGGGGCUGCGCUCGACGUGGCCGGCCAGCUGCGCAAAGCCAAGUCCUCCCGGCGAAACGCGUGGGGGAACCUGUCUUAUGCAGACCUCAUUACCCGUGCCAUCGAGAGCACCCCGGAGAAGAGACUCACCCUGUCCCAAAUUUACGACUGGAUGGUUCGCUUUGUUCCUUAUUUCAAGGAUAAAGGCGACAGCAACAGUUCAGCCGGAUGGAAGAAUUCAAUCAGACAUAAUCUGUCCCUGCACAGCCGCUUCAUCCGGGUGCAAAAUGAAGGCACGGGGAAGAGUUCGUGGUGGAUGCUGAACCCAGAAGGAGGGAAGAUGGGGAAGGGACCCAGACGGCGGGCGGCCUCUAUCGACAACGGCAACCGCUACCUGAAGACCAAGGGUCGCAUUAGCCGAAAAAGAGCAGGGGCCAUGGGCCUCGGACGGGGACAAGGUCAGAGGGCAGGACCCGCAAUGCAAGACUCCCCGGAGCAUGGCAGUCCAGCAGGGAAAGGAGGUGUGGGCAUGGGGGGUGAGGAGUAUGACACCUGGACGGAUCUCCAUUCCCGCACCUCCUCCUCUGCUUCCACACUGAGUGGCUGCCUGUCCCCGAUCCUUGCUGAGGCCGAGGCUGACGAACCGGAGGAAGGUGGACUGUCCUGUUCAGCCUCCCCUCGACUGUACCCAAGCCCCUCCAGCACACGCUCCCCGGCCCUGGGCACUGGAGGCCACUGCCCGACUGUGGAGCUGCCCCAGCUGACUGACUUGGCAGGGGCCAUCAGCCUAGAUGAAAGUGGCUACCCCCAGCCACAGCAAAUCAAAUGCAACGGUUAUCCCUACGUGCCUGCGCCCAAGGCAGAGGUUUCCUACUGCGGACCCAUGUACGGACAGCCUUCCAUGGGCAUGCUCCGGCAUCACACUCUUAUGGAGACCAUCCAGGAGAACAAGCCAGUCAGCUUCCAGCGCCCAAUGAGGGGCUACUCAGAGAACAACGCCCUGCAGAGUCUGCUUACUGGAGGUCCUUCGUACUGCAACAAAGAGACAGUGUUGGGCCAAGGACGAGAAACACACACACUUAUGACACAGGGGACCAAUGGCAUUCACAGCCAGCACAGCCACAAUCAGAAUCGCAGCCACAAUCAUAACCACAAUCACAGCCAAGAGCAUGCUCACAAUCCCAGCCUACACAAUGGCAUUAGCUCAGUCCAUGACCAGAACACAACACACCAUCAGAACCACAAUCAGGGUCACAAACACCAAGCCAGCCUCGACUACAGCCACAGCCACAGCCACAAGCCCCUUCCUGCCCAUGACUACGGUUCGAGUCACGAGCACAGUCACAGUAACAAAGUAAACGCCAGCCAUGAUCACAACCCUCGCUCCAGCCAGAGUCACAUGCACAACCACAACCCCCAUAACCCUAUGCACAGUGGGCCUCACCCCCAGGCCCUCUCCCCAAGGGUUAGCACUGACAUCCUGCAGCCCUACAGCCUCAAGACCUCGAACCACUACGGGCCCCGACCACACCUCCCAACCUCGCCGUCUCUGCCGCCCAACCCCGCCGGUGUUAUGGACGUUCCCCAGGACCCCUGCCGCUUGGCGUCCGCGCCUCAACCUCGUCACCAGCCUUACCCCGGAGCUCACCAUCAGGGUAUGACUGACUCCUGGCACGGCUACUACCACAACAACCACCAGCCAGGGAACACUGGUUACCAGGGGCAACAGCACAACUCCCACAGUAGAAUGGCUGCAAACCUGGAGAUGGAGAACGCCCCUAAUAGUCUGGACUGUGAUGUAGACUCCAUCCUGCUCAAUGACUUUAUGGACACAGAGAGCAUGGACUUCAACUUUGACGGCUCUCUGUCCCAAGGCAUGGGCAUGGGGAUGGGCAUGAGCUUGGGGGCUUUUGCUUGCCCUCCACCAGCACACAGCAACCAGAGCUGGGUGCCGGGGUGA